AUGGAUCCCAAAGUUUGGCGUGUGGAGCUAAAUGACGGCCACUUCAUUCCUGUACUGGGAUUUGGCACUUAUGCACCUAAUGAGGUUCCUAAAAGCAAAGCUGUGGAGGCCACCAAAUUAGCUAUAGAUGCUGGGUUCCGCCAUAUUGAUUGUGCUCAUUUCUAUAACAAUGAAAAGGAGGUUGGAUUGGCUAUCCGAAGCAAAAUUGAAGAUGGCACAGUGAAGAGAGAAGACAUAUUCUGCACUUCAAAGCUUUGGUCCACUUCUCUUCAACCGCAGUUGGUCCGGCCUGCCUUGGAAAGGUCUCUGAAAAAUCUCCAAUUGGACUAUGUCGACCUCUAUAUUAUUCAUUUUCCUGUGGCUGUGAAGCCAGGGGAGGAACAUCUUCCACAAGAUGAAAAAGGAAAAAUAAUAUUUGACACAGUGGAUCUCUGUGCCACGUGGGAGGCCAUGGAGAAGUGUAAAGAUGCAGGAUUGACCAAGUCCAUCGGAGUGUCCAACUUUAACCGCAGGCAGCUGGAGAUGAUCCUGAACAAGCCAGGGCUCAAGCACAAGCCUAUGUGCAACCAGGUGGAAUGUCAUCCUUAUCUCAACCAGAGCAAACUGUUGGAUUUCUGCAAGUCAAAAGAUAUUGUCCUAGUUGCCUACAGUGCUUUGGGAACCCAACGUGAGCAUUGGAUAGACCAGAGCUCCCCAGUUCUCUUGGAUGAUCCAGUUCUUUGUGCCAUGGCAAAAAAGUAUGAGAAAACUCCAGCACUGAUUGCCCUUCGGUACCAGCUACAACGCGGGGUGGUGGUCCUGGCCAAGAGUUACAGUGAGAAGCGGAUCAAAGAGAAUGUGCAGGUUUUUGACUUUGAAUGA